AUGAUACGCUGGCAAAUAUUAAGGAAUCUUUCCAAUAUCCGCUGGGUUACUAAAGGAUCGUGCAAUUAUAUUUCUGAAAAAUUAAAUAAAAAAGAAAACACACAUGCCAAAAACUUUUCUAAAAUAUCUGCAGUUAAAGAAACGAGUGUAACAAACGAGAAGAGCAAAACUGCCAUUAUAAAAACAAUCCAGAUCUAUCGCUGGGAGCCUGGAAAAAAACCUCGCCUGCAAACAUAUCAUAUAGACCUACAGAAGUGUGGAGUAAUGGUUCUUGAUGCUUUAAUAAAAAUUAAAAAUGAAAUCGAUCAAACAUUGACUUUUAGACGUUCAUGCCGUGAAGGAAUUUGUGGUUCAUGUGCUAUGAACAUUGGGGGUGUAAAUGCGUUGGCGUGUACGAGCAAAAUUGACCAAAAUCCUUCAAGACUAUUAAAAAUAUACCCAUUGCCGCAUAUGUAUGUCAUCCGGGAUCUUGUUCCUGAUUUAGGACAUUUUUAUGCUCAAUACAGUUCUAUUAAACCAUGGUUACAACGUAAGGAUACUAUCAAUGGAUCAAUAGGAAAAGCCCAGUAUUUACAGCACCUUGAUGAUCGCAAACAAUUAGAUGGACUAUAUGAAUGUAUCCUCUGUGCUUGUUGCACAUCGUCGUGCCCAUCCUAUUGGUGGAAUGGCGAUAGAUAUUUGGGACCCUAUGUUUUAAUGCAAGUCUAUCGAUGGGUUAUAGACUCCCGAGACAAUAUAACUGAAGAACGGUUAAAUCAGAUAAAUGAUCCAUACAGUAUUUAUCGUUGCCACACUAUUUUGAACUGCACUAAUACCUGCCCAAAAGGUCUUAAUCCUGGGAAAGCUAUCAUUAAGUUGAAGCAGUUAUUAUGUGGUUUGAAAUCGAAGCAGAAACCUCUGCUGGACACGAUCAAACUUCAGAAGUAGAUAACUAUUAUUGAAGUAAAAAUGUCCAUAUUCUCUUUUCAUCUACUGAUGAUAUUGAAAUAGAUAUUUCUAUGUUUGCUCAUCCAAUACUCUCAUCUCAUACGCUUUCCCAGAUUUUUUAAUUAACAUAUAGUUAAUUAUUUUAUGUUAUUUGAUUUCAUUUUGUGUGUAUGUACAUAUAUGUCUUAAUAAUUAUCUUACUAAACUUACAAAUUAAUUAAUUAACAAUUAAUCUAGGUAGGUGUGAAGUUAUCGCAGUCCUCAUAACAGGAUCAUUUCUUCUUUAAACAAUCCAUUCAGAAUUGUUGCUUCCAGAAUAUUAUCGGUAAAUUAAAAUGGUGUUAUAUGGGAAAUAUGCGAGUCCAGAAUGACAAAAUAUUAUUAUGUACUUAAUUUGAUAGAAAUAGUUGAAUAGUCGAGUUGCCGAUCGGACGAAUAAACAUUACGACUAAUAAUUGAAUAAAUAUAUUGUCCUAUCUAUCAAGUUGGUUCAAACUGCUCAGAAUGUGCAGUAGUUAGGAGAAUUUCGGACAAACAACGUGACUUGAAAUGGUUUCAUAUAUUAAUGGAGUCAUUGUAGCGGACGGUCACACUAUCUAAUUAUUUGUUAAGUAUAUAGACAGCGAGCCAAGAUUAGCUUGUCUUGGGUUUUUGAAAUUAAUUUAAAAAUAAUGCGAAUCUGAUAUUGAUUGUAUCACUAAAUCUGAUAAUAAAACGAAAAUAUUGAUUUCCUCUUAUUCACUACCUUCUGAAAUAAAAUAGUUAAUAGCAUGAAUAUCCAUUAACGAGUUAAUUUUGUUUGACAACCUCUAAUAUUUAACGCACAGAAUUACAGUAAUAAAUCUCUUUAAACUCUUAUAAAACGAAAUUCUGUUUUUUAGGAUUUAAUAAUGUUAUUACAACAGCAUACAAUAAUACCGUCAUAAUUUUUACGUACCUUUGAAACCCUACCUAAUGUUUUUACGUGGUUGAAUUAGUUAGGUAUAUCCAAUUUUAUUGCAUAAACAAAAAAGAACUAUGAAACCAUCACAUCGUCGACAUUUUUAUAGUUUAUUCAAACUUUUAGCAUGACUUUCAGUUUGAACAUUCAAACAGAUAUUAAUUUAAUGUACCAUAUUGUAUGCCCUUAACGAUGCAGGAAACUCCUUAUUCUGCAGCACGUACAAGAGCCUCUGCACAUUCAACAGCUAUGGCUGCUUCCGCUUUAGCCUAAAUAAGUAAUUUUAAAAGUAUUGAAUAUAUGUAUACUCAAGUAAUAUAAGACUAUAUGUAAACAUUUUCUUACUAAUUCACUGGAAGCAGAAUUUAAUUGUGAUUGAUAUUGUGAUAAAAGCUGUUUCGCUUCAGAAACGUCAAUAUCCUCCACCUUGUGUGCUUCUUCAGCCAAAACUUGAACAGAUGAAUCUUCAUUAACCGUUAUUGAGCCGCUAGAUACAAAAUAUUUCGAAGUUUUUCCAUCGUUUUCAAUGACCUGCACUACACCAGGCUUUAAAACGGCUGAAACACGAAAUUAUUUAUUCUAUAAAUUCGUUUUUGAUAGUUAAACUUACCUAAAGUGGGUACGUGUUUUGCAAGAAUGCCAAAACUUCCGCUAAAUGAAGGAACAUCAAUCUGGCGAACCUCUGAUUGAUCAUAAAAUGUUUGAUUAGCAGCUGCGAACGUAAGCUUCAUUUCAUCGGCGAAUCCACGCUUUUGCAUCA